UUGCCCUUUCUUCUUCCUUUGUCAGUUAGACUUGCCCCCCCCCCCCGCACCAUCCAACAGAGAGUGGGCAGCAACUCGCCAUUGUAAGCACUUACUAAGACACACAGCAAGCAUGGACUCUCAGGAUGAGAUGUCGGCGUUCGAUGUGGAUGACCAAGGCCACCAAGAGGUCAAGGCCUUCUUCGACCACUGUCGCCUGCUCCAGUACCUGGACACCUUCAUCGAAGAAGGUUUUGAGUCGCUGCCAUCGCUAUUCGAAGUGACAGAAGAGGACAUGAUCGCCAUGGGAGUCAAGCGCGGCCAUCGCAGGGUAAAAAUGUUCUUUGAAUUUCUUUGCUCCUUCCAUAUUUAGAAAUUCAAGCAGGUUGGAGUUUAACUCUUUUUGGCUUUUCCUGAAAUUACCACUAGCUGAUUCAACGGGAUAUCGCAACCACCCGUGGUGGCAGC